AUGGAUGAGUAUCUGAAAGAAUUUUGUUUUGACAGUGAUCACUUAACUUCACCCCGAGAAGAUCUUGCAUCCUCUUUGGAAAACACUGCACCAGUAACGGGCUGCCUUGUUAUAGAGGAAAAAUCACCCAAGUGCUCACGUGAAAAAGAAGAAGUUGUGCCAACUUCCGUAGCAAUGGAGAAAAACAACGAUAAGGAUCCGGCUGGUCCAGUAUCAGGAGCAGAUCUGACCAAGAGGGAAUUCUGCCCCAUGAUGGAAGAACACAAAACUACAUUUCAAAACGUUUUAAAGCAAGACCGGGAGGUGGGCCAGGAAAAGAAAAAUAACAAAGAGCAGAGGGAGGAAGCACCAGCUGUGGUUCCCAGUAGGAAAGGGAGUUCACCCACUGCAGGUGGCAUUAAAGGAGAUAAAACAAAGCAAAAUGAGCCUGACUCCCCUAAUGAGAAAGAAGUGGAGGCUGAAUUUCUGAGGUUGUCUUUAGGUUUUAAAUGUGACUUGUUUACCUUGGACAAGAGAGUGAGACUUGAAGAAAGGUCCCGAGACUUGGCUGAAGAAAAUUUAAAAAAGGAGAUCACAAAUGCUCUAAAGAUGUUAGAGGCUUUAGUUCCUCUGUGUGAAGAAGAUAAUCAAGCACAGGAGAUCAUUAAGAAGUUGCAGAAAAGCUUGCAGUUCCUUAGCCAGUACGCAGCCCGAGUUGCCAGUAGAGCAGAGAUGUUGGGAGCUAUUAACCAGGAGAGCCGUGUCAGCAAGGCUGUGGAAGUAAUGAUUCAACAUGUGGAAAACCUGAAGCGCAUGUACGCAAAAGAACAUGCAGAACUCGAGGAGCUGAAACAGGUCCUGCUCCAGAAUGAGAGAUCCUUUAGUUCUCCUGGAGAUCGAGAUGAAUCUACGAAUAAAAAGCUACCAAAUUCUUUUAACUUUAAGCCAUCAUCAUCCCUACGAAGAGUUAGCAUUGCAACAUUGCCUAGGAGCGCUGGAAAUGCAGGUAUUGGGUUGCCGCUGGCCCAGCUCCAUGAACCUGAUGGAGAUGAACGGAGUGAUAAAUUUAACAGGAGAUCAAGCAGUUGGGGACGACUAGGAGCAAAGCAAAAUGAGAAGCGUCCUUCACUACAGCGGUUCAUUAGCACGUAUUCCUGGGCAGAGUACGAAGAUGAACAUUCUGAAACAAAAAACGAGCAGUCGGAAUCACCUGCUGAAGUACAAGAAGAGCCAUCCAGGAAGGAAAGUAUCUCUGAAAAAGGAAAACAUUCAUCAAAAUGGAACCUAGAGUCAGUGUGCAAUUUAAUGUCAUCGUGGGCAUCCCAUUUCAAGACUUCCUUUUCCAACGCUAACAAAACUCUUUGGGUUUCUGUUUCCAUCCUGGUACUGCUUGCUGCUCUUACAAGCUUCCUCACUGGGCUGUCGCUUCAAAGACCAGCAGAUGCAGCACCUGUAGGAACUGGGGACUCCUGGACUUCACUACAGCAACUGUUGUGGCCAUAUACAGGACUUCAACACAAUGGACCACCCCCAGUAUAA